GUAUUAGUUUUCAAUUUUUACACAUUUAGACCAAAAAUGAUGAAAACUUCACAAAAUUUUCUUCGUGACAGGAAGAGGUGACUGUCAAAUUCUAUAACAGGCUGUUUUGAGAAAAGCAAAGAGGAACGAGCUUAUUUUCGAACACCCAAAAUCUAACACAGUCGUGGAAAACCACUGUUCCAUCCUAACAAAUCAGUAAAAAGGAGGGGAGGAAAGGAUAUUAGUUUAGGUAAAGCAGAUUUCAACACAUCUCCUUCGCUCUUAAAUUCCUUUUUUCUGUAUAUCAAAACCUUCUCAAACAGAACUGCCGUUGGAAACACACACACAAAAAGGGCACCUGGAAGAAGAUUAUAAAUAGAUUUGUUUCAGUUUCAGUCGACUAUUAAAGACUAAAAUGCCGGCUUCCAAGAGAUUAAAUAUUGAAGAUGAAGUCGAUGAUGCAGGCUUUGGGGAGGAAACAAAAUAUUUCUUUGAUGGAAGUGACAGUGAAGAUAGUCAUAAGGCAGAUGCGGACCUUCUUAGUUCUCUUCCAGAAGAUGGACGACUGAGGCUACGGCCAGACAUAAAAUUGGAAGGGCCACAGUAUUCUGGUCAGAAGAGUAACAGGAAUGAAGCUUAUGGUGAAGAUGAUAAAAAAUGGCAGUUGCUUGGAGAGGGGAUGGAAAGGAAAAGACCUCGUACCACAUAUUCAGAUUCUGAAGAUCUUUCUGGUGGUGAAAUUAACUCUGAAGGAGAUGGGGACGAACCAGAUGCUGUACAACAAGAUGACGAGAUUGAAGCUCUGACAAAAGAAUAUACAGAUCUGCGUGAACAGGAAGCAAACCUGUUGAAGAACUUGAAGAAGCAUGCAGAUGAAGACAUACGGAAGGGUCAAGCAGUGAGGAACCAAAAGGCUAUAUGGGACAAAGCUUUGGAGAUUAGAAUAUCACUACAAAAAGUAUUUUCACGUUCUAAUCAGCUACCACAGGGUUCUUUGAUGUCUUCUUUCUGCAAAUCUGACAUGAAGAUUGAUGGAGCAUAUUCUGAGCUUGUAUCCUCAGCUCACCAAACUCUAGAUUGCCUCCUUGAUCUGCAAGAGGUGUUAUUGGAAAAGAAUAAUGCGAUCAAUGAAGCUUCUUUUGAAAAUGGUAAAAGUAAAUCAGGAAAUGAAGAACAUCAAAAAACUGGUUUAUCGACACAAAUGGAUGCAGCUUGGGCAAGAAUAGAGACAUUGUACACCAGAAUUGCUCCUUUCCGUGAUAACUCUGUAGACAAAUGGCAUCGAAAGACACAGCUUUCAGCGGGUGCUGCUGCAAUGAAAAGUAAAUUUCGUGCUUUCAAUCAGAGCAUAAGUCAGCAAGUAUCAACAUAUAUGAAGGACCCUACAAGUAUGAUGAAGAGGAUGCAACUGAUGCGUUCUUCUGUUGAUGUGAUUGGGACUUCUUCACAAGCAGUGUUGGCUCAAGAACCAAAGUUUCAGGAAAAAACAGUCGAGUGUCAGGAAAUAAAUGAAGAUGGCGAUCCUGAGCUUCUUGACGACUCUGAGUUCUAUCAGCAACUGCUUCAAGAGUUUCUGGAGUCAACAGACCCUACAUUAUUAGGAACAAGUGUUUAUUCCAGUAAAAAGAUCAAUAGAAAGAGGAAGGUCGUGGAUCGACGGGCUUCAAAAAGCCGCAAGAUAAGGUAUAAUGUGCAUGAGAAGAUCGUGAAUUUUAUGGCACCAGAACCUAUGUUACUACCUCCUAUGGCACCUAAAUUAUUUUCAAAUCUUUUUGGGCAGCAAAACUCUCAAACAGUGUGAGGUGGACUUUCUUAUUAAUGAAACCCAGUUAUAGAUACAAUUUUGUAUGUUAAUUGAAUGCUUAUUCUCUACCAUCGAUUUAAAUUGUAAUUAAUCUGUUUACUAGGGGAAAACAUUGACUUGUUUUUCUAGUAAUAUAUUUACACUUGAAAUUAUUAAUUUCAUUUGAAUGGUUCUUUUCACUAAAUUUCUAAGCAUGAGUGAAAUAAUAAAUUUGAGAUAUGUUGAUGGUGGA